UCCAGAACUGUGUGUGCUGACAUAGAGACCGUGUAAUAGUUUUAUAUGCUCGCGUUUUGAGUUUGAGUUCUGUCUCUCACUGCCUGAAUUCCAGAGGACUUCCCCUCAGGGCUGGGCUUCCAGGUGCCAGGUCCCGCCUUUGCUCAGAGAUACCUGUCAUUUGGAGAUCCCUCUUCUUCUCAGCGUUGUAUUUGUUCUCUGAAAAUCAGACUUGAGAAUACUCGGUACAGUGCGCAGGCCUCCUUGGGAGGAAGAAAUCUUCAGAAGCUACACAGGGAGGGGGUGGUCAGUAGAGAACAGAGCCGUGUGCCCCAGAGCAGUGACAAGGCCCCAGUGAUGUUUGAAGGACGCAGUCAGCAGUGUAGUUGUCUCCAUCUGGGGUUUUCAAACAAGAGUGGGAGGGGUGGGUUUCCUCUGUUUCAACCAGAACAGCCCAGCACAUUGGAGUGCACAGGACAUUUCUCAUGAAGAAAAGAACCCUGCUUCACAGGGAGGGAGGCACACUGAAAGGCACAUUUAGUCCAAGUCACACUAAAGCAGCUUUUACUGCUGGGGUGUGUGGCUGUGUCUUCUCUCUGUCCCUUUAUGGUCAACAGACCUGGUUCCACAUCCAGCCCUGCCAUGUACUAGGUAGGUAUGGUGACCUUGGCUGAGUUAUUUAACGUCCCCAAACUGGUUUUCUCGUCUGUAAAAUGGGGCAGUGUGCCUACCUAGAAGGAUCACUUAGGAUGAGAGAUGGUGCAUGCACUGCACUUGAGUGCACGUGGGCUCGAGGGUGAAGGCUGAGAGUGUAGGGAGGAACAGCCGAGGAGCCUGCGUCCCGCAGUGGUCGGCCAGCAGGAGUGCAGCGGGAUCGCCAGAGGCUUUCAAGGGCUCUGGGCCCACCCCUGGUUACUGGUUCUUGUGGUCUGGGGUGGGGCUUGAGAAUUUGCAUUUUUGAGUUUCCAGGUGAUGCUGCUGCUGCCACUACUGGUCUGGGGACCACACUUUGAGAACCACGGGGCUACAGGUAACUCACCAAUGAGCAUGCUGCUGACUUGAGUAAACCAAUAGAUAAAAGGAUAUACAAAGGAACACAGCCUACUUGUCAUGACUUCAACCACCUAACAGCCACAGCAGAAAGUGUCUCUCUCCUAGUGGGCUUUUCCGCAGGCCAAGUCCAGCUUAUAGACCCAAUCAAAAAAGAAACUAGCAAACUAUUUAAUGAGGAAAGACUAAUAGACAAGUCACGAGUAACCUGUGUCAGAUGGGUUCCCGGUUCGGAAAGCCUUUUCCUAGUAGCCCAUUCGAGUGGGAACAUGUACCUGUAUAAUGUGGAGCACACUUGUGGCACCACAGCCCCCCACUACCAGCUUCUGAAGCAGGGCGAGAGCUUCGCCGUGCACACUUGCAAGAGCAAAUCCACGAGGAACCCUCUCCUCAAGUGGACGGUGGGCGAGGGGGCCCUCAACGAGUUUGCUUUCUCCCCAGAUGGCAAGUUCUUGGCGUGCGUGAGCCAGGACGGGUUUCUGCGGGUGUUCAACUUUGACUCUGUGGAGCUGCACGGCACCAUGAAAAGCUACUUUGGAGGCUUGCUGUGCGUGUGCUGGAGCCCAGACGGCAAGUACAUCGUGACGGGGGGAGAGGAUGACCUGGUGACCGUCUGGUCUUUUGUAGAUGGCCGAGUGAUAGCGCGAGGCCAUGGACACAAGUCCUGGGUCAGCGUGGUGGCAUUUGAUCCCUACACCACAAGUGUGGAAGAAAGUGACCCUAUGGAGUUCAGUGGCAGUGACGAGGACUUCCAGGACCUGCUCCAUUUUGGCAGAGACCGAGCAAACAGUACCCAGUCCAGGCUGUCCAAACGGAACUCCACGGAGAGCCGCCCUGUCAGUGUUACGUAUCGGUUCGGCUCUGUAGGCCAGGACACGCAGCUCUGCUUGUGGGACCUCACGGAAGACAUCCUCUUCCCUCACCAACCCCUCUCGAGGGCACGGACACACACAAAUGUCAUGAACGCCACGAGCCCUCCAUCCGGGAGCACUGGGAACAGCGUCACGACGCCCGGCAGCUCUGCACCCCCCCCUCUGCCACGGUCCAACAGCCUCCCACAUUCCACCGUCUCCAACGCCGGCAGCAAAAGCAGUGUUGCCGACGGGGCCAUUGCGUCUGGGGUCAGCAAAUUCGCCACACUCUCCCUACACGACCGGAAGGACCGGCACCACGAGAAAGAUCACAAGCGAAACCAUAGCAUGGGACACAUCUCUAGCAAGAGCAGCGACAAACUGAACCUCGUCACCAAAACCAAAACAGACCCAGCCAAAACCCUGGGGACACCCCUGUGUCCUCGGAUGGAAGACGUUCCCUUAUUAGAGCCUCUCAUCUGCAAAAAGAUAGCACACGAAAGACUGACUGUGUUGAUUUUUCUUGAAGACUGUGUAGUCACUGCUUGUCAGGAGGGAUUUGUUUGCACAUGGGGAAGGCCUGGGAAAGUGCCAGCAGAGUGCUGCUCCUGCAGUCAGGAGGACGGAGUGCGAGGUGCUCUCCGAGACCAGGACUAGCUGCCGCAGCUGGAGGACAAGCGCUGCACCGGGCGGGCAGCUCCUCCCUGCCUGGACCUGCCCAGUGCUGGCUCCCCGGCCUGGGGGCACAGCAGGGGCAGGAGGGCCGGCUCAUCCUGACCUGGGGGGACAAGGCACUAAGACGUCUGGGGAGUGUUUUCAGAGUUUUUUCUCUCAGCUUUGAGCUUCCUUAUUGAGAUUUUUCAGAGUUUUCAGCUUGAACAUUAUCUUGAGCAGAAAUGUCUUUUCUCACCUCCCGUUACAGUAAGAGCCAUGGGCGAGGGGAGGCCGUUGCUGCCCGGUCAGCACAGCUGGGUCUGCAGGGAAGCAGUGAAGAGCGGGGGCAGAGGGAGGAGCCGUGGCCAGGGCCAGGCCUCGAGGCAGCUCGAACCCCAUUGCAGGGCACAGGGCUGGGCGGAGAGCAGCCUGUGGAAAGCCUCGCCUUCUAAAAGCAAGUGUGUAUCUUAAAAGGCAGCCGCUUUUAAAAUAACCAGUCACUUCAGGUUCUAGAUUUACUCAGACAAAUAGUGAGUAAGAAUCUUAAUGCCGUCUUUGUGCUGAGUGAACCUUCUGGCAUUCUCGGAGUGUUCUCCUGUGAGCCAUUGGCUCGGGCGAAGGGUGAACGCCUCGGGCUGGGAGAGUGGCCGAGAGCGGCAAACAAACAAGCCGCGGCAGAGAUGGUCACCCAGGGCGGUCAGGCGCCGGAGGAGCACCUGCUGUGGCCACUUCUCCCUCAUCCUCUUCCAGGGCACACCUUGAACUUGUAAGAAUUGUCAGUGUUCCCUGUGCACUGGAGUCGGUGGCCGUGCCUGUGGACAAGGUUCUCCCCUCUUCCCGGGACGGAGAUGUGAUCUUUGUUGAGGAAGCUCAGAGGGUGAGGGAGAAGCCACAGGGUCGGGAGGGCUGGGAACCCGGAUGCCCGUUUGCAUAGCUGACUGACCGAGGAAGGGCCGGGAGUAGAGUUUGGCUUCGGGUUUUGCAGGAAAGAUGCGUGAGGGCUUGGCUGGGGAGCUCGGCGUGUAGGUGAGCCCCGGGAAGCAGUUGUCCUCUGGUUGUGAUUGUCUCCUUGUGCCUGGCCUGUCCCCCGUGGGGAUUUUCUUCCUCAGCCGGGAGCUUCUAGUGCCUGUGAGUAGCCUGGGGCCUGUGGGGUAACCUCGGGACCAGCGGCACACCUGUCGCCACAGGCUCCGCAGUCUGGGGAACUGAAGUCCUGGGCCGAGGAGACAAGCACUCGUAUUCAGCUGUUCCCCUCGAACCCAGAGCCCAGGUCACACACGUGAACAUGCCCCUCGUGCAGGGAAACGGCCCACUGGUAUCGACUUGAUCCGUUGCUGCAUCUGUUACAUAAAGUUUGGGUCACCGUUAAAUCACUGUCUCUCAAUUUAAAAGUGUAAAAGAAAAAUUUUUGCAUUUUUCAUUUUUGUAUACCUACGUUUAUGAAAGAUUGUUAUG